UUCAAAGGUCGUGUGUUGUGCGCGCCUCUGGAAGUUGUAAGGACAGGCACGGUAAACAUGGAGGUGGUUGUAGAGGUGAAAAAUGAGGCGACUGGUGCAUAUUAUCAGGCAGAAAUUAAGAACAUUCACAGCGAAGAAGCGACGAUUGCCUUCGACUACAGUCCAGAACAAUGGAUUCGUGUACCAUUAGCUGUUGUACGCAAACCUCCUGCAAAAGUAAGGCAGGCUCUUGAUUUCAAAGAGGGAGAUGAUGUUGAGGUCUUCUCAAAAGCAGCAGACAAUGAGCCAUUUGGUUGGUGGAAAGCAAAAAUUGUCACACAGAAGGGAGAGCUUUUCGUUGUAAAGUUCAAAGGCUUUGAUGAUUGUUUCAAUGAAAUUGUCCCAAAAGAAAGGAUACGUCCAGUUAACAAGAACAAUUCAAUAUCAAGAGACAUGUAUUACAAGUGUAUGAUCGAUGUUCCUCAGGACUUAAAGCAGAUGUGCAAAGAUUCAAGUGUCCACGCAGAAUUUCAAAAGCAAUCUGGAGCGGUGUCAGUGGUUUUCCACACGGAUUUGAAUGUUCUUGUUGUCCUGUCCACAAGUGAAGAAGCUAUCAAACGAUCUGCUAUUCUAAGUGAAAUGCAUUUCAGAAGUUUGAGAACAAAACUGCUUCUGCAGACAAGAAAUGAAGAAGCAUCAUUCCAACUUGAGAAUGCGAAAAAUCAACCACAUCAAGGUAGCAUAUUGGAGCAAUUGAAGUUACCUGAAGAUCUUGUCGGGCUUGCCAUUGGAGCACAGGGUGCUAACAUCCAGGCUGCCAGGAAGAUUCCCGGAAUCAUUGCUAUCGAGGUGGAUGAACCCAAGUGCACGUUCCACAUCGUAGGAGAGAAUAAAGCGUGUAUCAAAGAGGCUAGAAAGCUGUUAGAAUUUGCAGAGGAUAUAAUCUUUGUUCCAAGAGUCUACGUUGGAAAGGUUAUUGGGAAGAACGGUCGCAUAAUCCAAGAUAUUGUUGACAAAUCUGGGGUUGUACGAGUGAAGAUUGAGCCGGUAUCUGACGAGCAGUCUGCCGAGGAAAAGGAGAAAGAUGUACCAUUUCUGUUCAUUGGGACACUGGAUAGUAUAUCUUUGGCCAAAAUGAUGUUGCAGUACCAUUUAGCUCAUCUUAAGGAUGUAGAGAAUCUGAGACAGGAAAAAGAGAUUAUUGAUAACCAGCUGAAGGAUCUUGGGUUCUCACCUACAUCUGGUCCGCACUUUCCACCCCCGGCAGAGAUGAAACGUCAGCAUGCUUUAAGCGUUGGCCAAUCGGAUUUCCACGUUCGAGAUAGAACGCAAACAGUGGAUAGCUAUACUGGUGACCUUACCGAGCUACCCGUCUACACAGGCUCGGAUCAUUACAGUAAAAAUCGCAUGUCGAUGUUGUCAAGGAUACGAACCACCAGCGAAAGUGAAGGCGUUAGUUCGAGGAAACCUGAUACGAGUGGAAGAACUUCCCCACAUGGUGGCAAAAACUCCCCCGAAAACAUCCCUCCAACCAUAUCUGAAGUUGAUGCUGAUGCUAAAGAGGACGCCCAUCCGUACCUUGGUGGUGGCAUGGGGAGAGGUAAAAUUGGAUCAAACAGAGGUGCCAUUGCCAGUAAUCGAGGAGGUAGAGAUGACACAAGAACGAGAAGGACAAGCGAAAGUGAAAGAGACAAAGCAAACAGAGAUCAAGACUGGAGAAAUCGAGCUGAAGAGUCAAAAACAGAUGUCCAUAAACUUCAAGAUGAGGACAGAAGGCGACGAACCCAGAGUGCUGGCGACCUUGAAGAGAGAAGAGCUUUUGGGAGAUUGGAUGAAAGAUACGUUUCAAGACCCGCGUACGGUAAGUUUGAUGGCAGCGGAAAAUCUGAGCAUCAUCAAAAUCAAAACAAGACUCAAGAUCAGAAAGAGGCGGAGGCAAAACAACAGAAUGAUGCCAAGGGCCAACAAGGGAAGAAGGGACCAAUGAACGAAAAACAGCCAACAAAACAUCAAAACUCAUCCCCAGUCCACAAUCGUCAAACUGGAAGACAAUAUCAGCAGUUUCAACAACGUAGUCAGCAUUGCCAUGUGCACCAAUCCCAUGGGCACCAACCACACGGACAGCAACCACACGGACAGCAAUGUCAUGGGCACCAACAGCAAAAGCAGCACGUGCGUCAGAAUCGAAGAAUUCAAAGAAACGAUGGCAAGCAGUCUGAGAGUCAGGAAAAUAAAGCGAAUGGAAACAAAGCUAAUGGCCAGAAUAAACAUAAAAAUGGAAAACCUAAUGAUACAUCAGCAAAUGGCAAGCAGAAAAUCGAAGCAAGUAACACAGUAAAAGCUGCUGAGGACGAAAAGAAAGAGACCCAGACGAACAAAGAAAGCGCUGCAGAAUCAAAGAGUGGGUCAGAAAGCGAAGCAAAAGACGGAACGGCGUCCCAAAAUUCGAAACCCUCAACAGCUAAAGAUGAGAAGCCAGCUGAUUCAAGCAGUGUCAAGAAGGCAAGCAGUGUAACUGAUCAGACUGUGACAGUUGCGUAGAUUUUGUCGUAAAGAUUAAUAAAAUUGUCUUUGAAUAAAACGGUGCUAGGGCAACAUGUUUGGUACUUGAUAAUAUAUGGUACUUAAAGUCCCCCGGGCAGUAUUUCAGUUAAGUUAGCAUUCUUAUGUUGGUCUUUUUUUUGUAUGUACUGUAAACCGAGAGCAAAAUUUUUGCAAUUUAACAUCUGUGAUCACGACUAAUUUCUGUUGAAGGUUGUGAACUUAGUUUGAAAUAUCAAAUAGUUAACUAAGAAAUUUUGUGAUGGACAUCUAUGCAAGCGAGCAUUAAUUGUCCUGCCAGCAAAUACCCCUAAUGUGAAGCUAAAACUGUCAAUUCUAGAAUCUUCAAGAUUUAGUUUCAUGUUUCAAAAUUCAUGUUUUUUAUCUUAUGCUGCUCUGACCAUCAGUCUAAGACAUUCUGUUGUACCCAUUACCCAAUACUGCUCUAUAUUUAAUGUUUUUAUUAUCUGUGUGUCUGCGGAGCCAUUUAGGCCAAAUGUACUAAGGCAAACUCUGUAGAUCUCGAAUUAUCUUUGAUACAUGCACCAUAGCUGAAAUGGUUUAGAAAUAACCGUUGAUGUCUUUCUGUUCUAGGCUUUAAGCUUGUCAAUCAUCGUACGUUUCUCCAGGGCUGGAUGGGUUCUCAUCCUGUAAAUACUUUCUACCAAUUAAUGUCUUGUGUUGACCCAUACACUUAAAGCAUCUGUUUUGAACCCUGUAAAUUUUUACGUCUUUAUCAAUUAUGUAUCUCUUUCUGUAUACAAGAACAUUGUGUUUUUAA